UUCCCAUUUUGUAAUUCUCCGACAAAAGUAUGGCUUCCACCGAGCUUAAGCACCGAACAACAGGUGACUCCCCCGCCGUCCCCGCCGCCGCCGACGAGGUUAGCACGAAGAGAGCAAAGAACAAGGCCAUCGCCAAACGAGGCCUGAAGUCUCUAGCUGUGGCAGUCUCCAUCCCCAUCGCCGUCACCCUCCUCUCCAUCCUCCUCCUUUCCAAACCCAAAAACUACUACCCCUCCGCCACCAAACCCUUCUGGGUUCCAUCGGCAAGGGUCGUGAAUUGGGGGUCGUUGGCUUCUAGCUUGUUGAUGGGCAUCUCGAGCUGGCUGUUCUGGGCUGAAGGCGGGUUCCAAGCUAAGCCCAACGCGCUGUAUCUCUACACUUUGUACUUGGUGCUGUGCAUGGCGUGGUACGGCCUCGUGCUCGGAGCCGGGUCGCGAUGGCUAGGCUCGGUGGCUUGUUUGGGGAAGACGGCGACGCUGGUUGGGUGUGACCGGUUGUUCCGGGGAGUGAACGGGAUUGCGGCGGACUUGGUUAGACCUUGUUUGGUUUGGUCUGUUUUUCUUACUAUCGUGAGUCUCACAAUGGUUUCUGUUUGAGGUCUAGUAAUGAAUAAUAUGGGGUUUUGUCUUGUGGGUUUUGUUUGGGACUUUUUUUCGCUUGUGAAUUGAAUGGUUGUUUGCGUUAAUAGUUUUAUUCUCUUCUAAAGUCAAUAAGCAUCGGGUUAAUUUAUUCGAGUU